GAUUAUUAAAAACUUGAUGUAACAAUUAGCUUGUUUGGAGAUUUUUAUCAGCUACAUUGAGAUUAUAUUAGACUCAACAACCAACUCGACACGUGGAACAUUAAACAGAUUAAAAUCUUCAUGUGAUAAAUCAAUGACAUGCCUGCCUUCAAAGUACCAGAGGUGCCUAGGCUUGGUAAUAAAAUUAUUUCAACAAAUGCAAUAAACAAUAAAGCCCAUGUACAAUCACUCAAUGAUAAAAAUAAGUUGUAUUUAGAAUUUUUUAUGAUACUGAAAAUAAAACUCAAAGAAAUACUCAAUAUGGAAAUUAUUAAUCAUGAUAGAGUUUUUGAACCAUUGCCAAAUUUAUUAAGAACAAUUGAUGAAUUGAAUCCAGCUAGAAAACCAACUCAUCGUGGUAAAAGAACAAAGAAAUCUAAAAAUUCGAAAUCGAAUAAUUCUAAUGAUAAAAGUGAUUUAACAAAUGCUAAAAUUAUAAAUGAUAUUGAUACUGGAGAAUUAACGUGUUCAUCAAAUAUUUUACGAAUGAAUAUUGAUGAUUUGGAUAAGAAAAAUGUUGAAGAAAAUAAUUUACAAUCUCAAAUGAAUGAUGAAAAGAUUGUUAAAGCAAAAAAACCAACACAUCGAGGAAGAAGAACUAAAAAAUCUAAAAAAACAAAAGUUGAUGAUGAUGAACGUAAUUCCAAUGAAAUAAUAAUGAAUUCAAUGCUAAAUAAUAAUGAAAUUACUAUUGAGCUAAUAGAAAAUACAACAAAUAAAUUAAACAAUUUAAAUAUAAAUAAAUUAAAUGAUAAAAAUGAUGAAUCAUUGAUUAGAAAUUGUGCUGAAAAUACAGAUAAAUCAGGGAAAAAUAAAAAACCAACUCAUCGAGGUAAAAGAACAAAAAAAAAUAAGCCAAAUUGUGAUAAUUUAAAAGAACAAAAUCAUCAUGAUAUUGAUGAAAAAAUUAUGAAUAUUAAUAAUGAUCAAUCAAAUGAAACAUCAAUAUAUAAAAUGAAUUAUAAUAAUUUAAAAAAUGAUUACAAAACAACAGAAACAAUAGAAAAUAAUUAUAUUUUUGAUACGAAAAAUAAAAUAUUUUCAUCAAAUAAUCAUCAGGCAUUUAUAAAAUCACAAGGACAAAUAAUUCAAAUACCACCUGAAAUAACAAUAACACCUGUACAAAAAAAACCACAAGAAAUAAUUGAAAUUUUACCAAAAAAUGAUGAACAAGUUUUAUUAAAAUUAAAAAAACCAACUCAUCGUGGAAAAAGAACUAAAAAAACAAAAUCAACAAAAGAAAAUCAAUCAAAUGAAGCAAAUUUGUUGAAUGAUGAUCAAGAUAAUCAAGUUGGUGGUAGAAAAAGAAAAUCAAAAAUAAUUGAUUCACUUGAAAAACUUGAUGAUGAAGUUGUUGAUAAAAUUGAUGAAUAUUUUACAAAUUUAAUAUACGAGCCAGGAUCAUUUACAAAGUUAAAAGUUGAAAAUGAUGCUAAAAAUUAUACAGUUGUAUCAAAAAUAGCAUUUACAAAUGUUAUACGUUUAUUUUUUAUUCAUGCUAAAGUACCAACAACUGAACCAAAUUUAUCAUCAGUUGUAUUUAGAUUUAUGCAUACAAUUAUUGACAUUCAUAAAGGUCGUUUUGAUAUGACUGAUGUAUUUUUAACAGUAUGUGAAGAAUUUUUUCCAAUGGGAAGUUUUAAUUUAAUAGCAUUAGUUGGUUAUUUAUGUGCUAAAAAAUGGCUAUCAUUAACAUUUUUAAUUAAAUGUAUUGAAUAUUAUUUCACAUAUAUAUCUGAAAGUAAUGCUCUAUUUUUAUGUGUACUUAUUAAAACUGUUGAAGAAAAUUAUGAUACAGAUAAAUUAACUAAUCAAUAUUGGAAUAGAUUUAAAUCAAUAACAAUUAGUGAAAAAAAAGAUUUAAAACUUGUUGCUCUUAUUGAAAAAUUCAAUUCAACUAAAGACGUAUGGUCUUUACUUCCAAAAUAAAUUUGACAAUUAUUAUUUAUAAAUAUAUUACUUUCUUAUUGCUAAUUAAUUCAAUUUAUUAUUAUUUUUUUUUUUUCGAUCAAAUGUCAACAAACAUUCUACCUCGAUUAAAAUUAUUUUUCAUCAAAUAAAUAAUCAUUUUUAAAAAA